AUAGUAACACAAACACACCCAACUCAUUAAAACCACAGCAACACAAAAUACACAUAGUAUACAACACAACUUUGAUAAUCAAAUUACAUUUAUAAAAACAUAAAUGCAUAUCCGUGAAUCUGCUUAUUGAUGGCUCCGAGUGCCUAGGUGUUUAAAGGCCAAACAACGGUUAUAGUGAACUUUAACAAAGGUUAUCGUAAACAUUUCAUUGCUUGAUUGAUUCGCUACCAAAUAUUGAAGUGUAUCUGCAUGUCACAAUAUAUUUCCCCGUUAUAUUGUAUGACGUCAUGGUUUAAAGGAAAUGAUUUAUAAAAUUAUUAAAUAAGUUGAAAAAUUUGCUUCGAUUAUUUCAUGCAACGGGAAGCAUAUUCAUACUUUCAAUAAUAAGUAUCUCACACAGUUGAAAUCUUAUCUAACUCUUAUCAUCGAAACCUAACAAAGCGUAUUUCCAUUUCAAUGAUCAUUCUAAAACAGGAACACAGAAGCAAAAUCACUAUUUCAACCUUUAAAACUGCAUAAAUAUUAAAAUUGUGACACAAAAGCCUUGGGCAAUGGAUAUCACGCUAGGAAAUGCCCAUGCGACCUCUCGGCUUCCUGGACCAGCAAUAAAUCCGGUGGUGGAGAAUUCCGAAGAGCCUCAGCCGAGUUUGUCAGACUUGCAUGAUUUUGAACCCAAAUUGGAGUUUGACGAUACAGAAUUACUAUCGCCAACACCGCUGCAAAAGGAUGUUAUGGUUGACGAUUUCGUAUUAGCAGAAGACGAAGACAUCGAACCUGCGGAGAUAGUAAAUCCGCUGGAAGACGAUUUCGAUCAGUUGAGGGAGGAACAGUCUGAGGCCAUUGGUAGCGUUAAAAAUAGAUGCGAUUUUCUUGGCACUGACAAGCAGGGAAGGCAUAUAUUUGCAAUUUAUGCAUCACGGUUUCCUGAGAAAUCUCAAAUGGAAAAAUUUAUCUGUGAUGUUAUAAAAGAAAUUGAACCAUUUGUAGAGAAUGAUUAUAUUCUCGUAUAUUUUCAUCAAGGUCUUAGGGAACAUAGCAAACCAUCGGCGCAAUUGCUUUGGAAUUCUUAUAAAGAAUUGGACCGCAAUUUUCGAAAAAAUCUCAAAAAUCUAUAUGUAGUUCAUCCUACAUUAUUCAUACGUUUCAUUUGGAAAUUUUUUAGUCCAUUCAUUAGCGACAAAUUUCGCCAAAAACUCGUAUAUAUUUCCAGUUUGGAUGAAUUACGUCAAGCAUUGGGUCUUUCAAAGAUAAAGGUACCCGAUAGCGUAUGUGAUUUCGACGAACAAUUAUUUCGCAGUAAAAGCAGCUUUGGAAACGGAUACGGUGGAGGUAACAACAACACUACAAAACAAAUGGCCAACACAGUGCAGUUUGGCGCUCCGCUUAAAUUCAUCGUAUCCAACAGUCCAUGUCUCAACUCCAUACCACCAAUAGUACGAAAAUGCGUCGACUCUCUGUCCAUCACAGGCAUGAUUGACACAGAGGGUAUAUUUCGUCGUUCAGGAAAUCAUUCCGAGAUAAUUGCACUAAAAGAGCGAGUUAAUCGGGGAGAAGAUGUGGACUUGUCAAAUGUCAAUGUUCACGUCAUUGCUGGCCUGCUAAAAAGCUUUUUGCGUGAUCUAAGUGAACCACUACUCACAUUCGAGUUGUACGAUGACAUCACUAGUUUCCUAGAUUGGCAAAAGGAGGAACGCUCUCGUAAUGUGACGCAGCUUAUUAGAGAAAAACUACCUGAAGAAAACUAUGAGCUUUUUAAGUACUUAGUCGAAUUUCUAGUCCGCGUUAUGGAAUGUGAGGAUCUAAACAAAAUGACAUCGUCAAAUUUAGCUAUUGUGUUCGGUCCAAACUUCUUAUGGUCGAACAGGAAUAAUACCACCUUGGAGGAUAUCCGACCGAUAAAUGCAUUUAUUGAUUUUGUAUUGCAAAAUCACAAGGACAUUUAUCUGAUCGAUGUCAAUCAAGGUCAUACACCCAUCGGCUGAACUAGGAAGUGUAUGAGUGGUGCACAACGCGCAAAUAUUAAUGGAACUGUGUAUUUUAAUAUAGGUUUAACGAAUAGCACCCGACUUUAAGUUUGUCGGUGCACAAAAUUUGUAUUAUAUACUAAUUGAAAUAAGAUUUCAUCAUAUAUAGUUUUAAGCUUAAAAAUUUAAGAGAAUUUUAAGAAAUCCACUUUGAAUCACUACAAAGAGUUUUAAGUAACGAGUGCACUUUUAAAUAACACAGGGUGUAUAUGACACUGAAGUAAAAUGCCGUAGCAAAAUAGAAAAGUGUAGAGUGAAAGAUGAGCAGCAAUUUUUAUGUCAAAUUUGAGUGUAUUUUCCUUAAAUACAAAUCACUUUCAAUUCUAGUAAAACUUGUUUUUUGAAAGGUUUUGUUGGUUUAGUGAUUGAUGAUGAGUGUACAAUUUAAAAAAAAAAAUACAUAUUUUUUUGUAAACUUA